AUGUUGAGUCUUAUCUCGAUUCAAUUUUUGUAUAGAUACUGGUCGAUUAGCUCCAGCGUGCUCAUAUUCGAGGCUCGCCGAUUUGCCUACUGGAUUCUCGGCGUGAUUUUUGGUGGAUUUCUCUGGGCGGUCUUCACUUAUAACACUAUUUCUUGUGACUCAUCCGACAAAAUUUUGCUGAAAUAUGAGCUGGAAAAGAGCCAUGAUAUGGAUAUCGGGCAGUGUAUUAAGCUGGAGGUCAAAAACCGGGACGUGGCUGGUUACAACCUGGCUGGUCUUAUUUAUCUGGUUGUAUUCAGUAUCAUUCUGGUGAUAAAAUUAUUGAUUAUGAUGUUCUGUGGUGUCAAAAUGGCUAUUCACGUUUAUAGGAGGUCAAAUUUCCAGUCAUCGAGACACCAUAAGCAGCACUCAUUGUUUUUGAAGUCUUUGUUGGUUCAGAUCCUGUCCCCCCUCCUUAUCCUCUACCUCCCUACAUUCCUAUUAUCCUACCUACCAUUCACCAACUUUUCUACCAACGGAAUUAUCAUGCCAGUCCUUACAGUAUACCCAUUCAUCGACAGUAUACUGGUACUCAACGUGAUAUCUGAAUAUAAAAUUGCCAUGAGAAAUGUGUUGAAUCGAAUGUUUUGGUGUCUGGGCAAGGAGAAACAAUACGAGACGACACCUGUCACGAUGAACACUUUAUUUUCAGCGAUUUGA